AUGUAUCUCGUCUACGAAAAGAGAGACAAGAAAAAGAGGAACAAAAAUUUGUUCAUUAGCAAUGAUACUAGUGUAAAAGCUCAAUGUUCAAGUGGUCAGAUCUAUUACGAUCAAAGAGGCUGUCUAACCGAUUUCACAAAUUCAAUUAAUGCUCGCGAGAGAAAGAGAAAAGAGAGAGAGAAAGAGAUUCUAUAUUUACUUGAUAAUGAAUAUGUUGUGUAUGGUUCUUUCUUUGGAGGGUGUCCUGCUGAAUAUACCGAAACUCCAGGCAGAGCAUCUACUGCAAAUUUUGGAGCAGACAGGACGCUGUACUAUGGGCGUUGCAGAUAUGGAAGUCACCCGAUAGAUGACUUUUAUCUUGUGAUUGGUAGCACUCCUAAUCCGUUUUGUGGAGUAGGGGCUACACUCCAAGAAGCCAAUUCAAUCAACCUACUAGCUUCCACAACUUCUGUUCAAAACUACCUUGUCGCUGUUACAUGUACCCUUGGGUAUCCAAUGGUAGGGAUCCCAGGGAGUGGUGUGUCCACCUUUCCAGAGAGUAUAUGCUCGACAACUGGCAAUCUGUAUAUGCAACAAACCAAUUAUCCAAUAGGUCGAUUUGUUUGUCCAAAUUGUAACGGUGCACCUUGUUCAAAUGGUGUAUGUAAAUGUCCGCCAAGUUUGUUAGGAACUUAUUGUGAAAAAGAUGUAAACGAAUGUUUAAAUGGAAAUGGAGGAUGCCAACAAACUUGUACCAAUUCUAUGGGUUCAUUUCAAUGUGGAUGUUAUCCAGGUUAUUUGUUAAAUUUGGAUUCAAAGACAUGUUAUGUGGACAACAAGUGCAAUAGCAAUCCGUGUACCGAUCCAAUGGCUGUUUGUGCCCAACCAAUGGGUCAUACACAUGUACAUGCCCCCCUGGAUUCGACUUUAAUAGCACAAAUUGUCUGCGUCCAAGUGUCAUUGCAAUCGAUGCAAACGGAGCGACAGAUGUGGAUGGCGGAGUGA